AUGCAUCAAGUCUCCGAAGGCUCUCGCGAGUUCGAAUCUUUCAUGAAUAAAGGAAUGAUCAGCAAAUACUACACUUUUAACAGCGCGAGCGGCUCACGAUACUUCUCGUCGCUGGAUGCGUUGAUAAAGCACGCCAAUGAUACCCGCGAAGCGAUUUGGAUUGACGUGCAGGGCGAACAAAAAGCUGCCCACUGGCGACUUCUCAAGGAGUUGUCCUUGGGCACCAACCUUACCCACACCGCGCUGAACGCGGUGGUGAACACCACGGAGGGUGACAUUGUGCAGAUGCAGCCGAUCGCCACGGACUACAUCACCGGCAGCGUGAGCUGCUUGCGGGGGAACUCGGUUUACGAAAACACGAAGAUCGACAGCGACGAGCCGGUGACGGGCUACCCUGCCUACGACGAAUUCGGGGGGACGGUGCCGGACGCCAUCACGGCGGAGACGCUUGACGCCAGCGGGGGCAUGGUCUGGUGCGUCUUCCUUGCGACCAAGCGCCUCCUGGUAACCCUCCACAGCGCCCCUUUCCUCGGGCUUGCUGAGAUGGUGCACAACCUGGAGGGGCGCUACGCCGGGGUCCCGUCAGACAAGUUCAACCCCGGCGCCGCUCUCGCCACGCUGUUAAGCUUCUCCAGUGAGCUGCUCCUCACGAAACCGGGUACCCUCCUGAACGAGGUGGACAGCAUCGAUGAGAUGUCGCUGCUCAUCGCCCCUGGCCCGCGCGACCAGCCGGACUUUCUUCGGCGUGUGGCGAAUCUGCGGCAGCGCAUCUCCGCCUUCCGUACCCGCCUUUUUCUGAAGGAGAAAGUAUUGUUGGAACUGCUCAGCCCCAUGGCGCGCGACAACUUUCUGGAGAUGGACAGGACCAGCGUAGGCCUGUGCAAGGACACCCUGGCCAAGGUUUCGAAGCAGAGCAACCUCCUCGAUGAUGCGCGCGACCUGCUGAACCAAUCCAACCUGAACUUUGUGACAGGCGUCAUGAUGCGGAUGUCGCAGAGCUCAGCGAGCUUGGAUUGGAAUCUUCGAAUUCUUGCUAUGAUUGCCACCACGUGCCUUCCCCUGAAUCUUGUGUGUGGUAUUUUCGGCAUGAACUGCAAGGUGCCGUUCCAGUCCGACGAAUACCCGACUCUGACGGCGUUUUACUGGUUGGUGGGAGGAAUGGUUACUUGGAUUGUUCUCACCUCGAUCCCUGCCAUUAUGAGCGCAUUCAGAGGCGCCAGGCUCAAAGCUAUUGUCAAGUCAGCAUACUAAAAGAAUAAGCAUGUAAUUGGUAAACCCAUUUAGGAUAUUUCAGUAAUAAUGCUAUUUUUAUUUUAAUAUAUACCUUUCUUUAUAUCUCUUUAUUUGACAAAUGGGAUCUAUUUUAUAGUAAGCAGAAAAAAAGCAAUGUCAAUCUUACUUUCCCUUCCAUAUCCAUAAAUACUUCUUAAUAAUUAACCUUUCUUGGGGCGAUGAGGAUGACAGGGGAAGGGGACACCUCAUGCACCAAAUGAAAAAGCCUGGUUAUGACUGGGUCAUUAUGUGUCCGAAAAUAGACAUUUACGUUUUGUAGGGUAGUUGAUUGACUAGUCAUAAGACAUAUAAUUUUUAUCUUUCAAGCUUGGCAUCCAGAGAAGAAUGGUGUGAUUUCGAUCACUUUUUUUUUUGUCUGACGGUUUGACAACUAGAAUGCUGCUUGAUAGCUGGUCGAAUGAGGUCUUUCGUGUUACUUUCAUCCAACUUCAUCCCUUGCUAUUUUUUGUUUUGUUUGUUUGUGAAAGAGGGCAGAAGUUGUGCCCUCGAUUACUAUUCUCGAAUUAAAGAUAAAAUAGAACAGAGAAGCCCAGGGGGAGGGGGAUGAAGUUUACACCCUUACAUUAGGUCAGCCAAAGCACGUAUUUCCCACACAGUAUAAAGCUGAUGUUGACGUCGAUGCGUAACAUGUCAAUUAAAAGUAGGCAUUAUCCACAGCCUUACCUCUGCAUUACUAUUAACUUACUAGCUAGCUUACCUAAUUAAACCCCCUUUACAGGAAAGGCCUAAAACGUACAACCUAUCUUGCGGAGCCAAACGCGUAGUUCCGACACAACUUGGAAGCAAGUCACUCAAUUUUUGCUCAUUCACUCGCACGAAUACACAUCAAUACAUAUAGAAAAGAACAUAAAA